AUAAGUUAUGAUGCACAUACCAACGGGUCCGAUUUACCGCACGAACAACGGGUGGCCUCAGGCAGACGACAGACCAAGAGGGACCGGAAGCAGAGAUCAAUGGAAGUCCUGGGGAUGGCUUGUCUCAGGCAGGUACCUACGUAAGGUCAUCACCGAUUGGGAAGUUGCCAUUUUCAAUCAGGUGAGCUUCUUCCUCAGACCUCCUCAAUUUGCAGAGGGCAUCACUUUCUCGUCACAUCAUUCACGCUCUUCCCCCUCAUCGUUGUGUGACGGGAUUCGCGCCUCCGUAACCAACCCUGGACUCUCAAAUCAGACCGUAAGUUGCUCGAUUUUUACGCUCGUUUUUACUCGGAGAAUCUCCCUUUUCUUCUUUGGUCGUUUACGAAAUUCGUUGAUUGGGAAGGCAAGACGUUCCUGUGCUACUCGGCCUUGACACCCUCCGCAGUUCAAACUCAGAGGCAGUCCCAUCACCAACAUGCACCGCAAACCCAUAUCCAACCGCGGCGGUCAUCGUGGCGCGUAUCGCGGCAGCAUCAACUCGACCGCUCGUUCCUCGACCAGUUUUGCGAGCGUUCCUGCCGCUCUUAGCACGCCGCAGAAAUUGACAGGAAGACCCCGCCUCGCUCAUGGCUGCUUCUUGCCCAAGCAGAUCUGGCGCCACUUCAAUCCCUCCUCGGCAGCGACCUGCAUCCCCGAUCAGUUGCAUACCAUCAACAGCAGCAAGGAUCUUCCCGAUGCCGCCGCCUUUGCACUCAUCUACGUUGCCAACCAGCCCCAGUGGAUGACGGAGAACACCAUCUACGUCAAGUCGUGCCUCGAUCUCCUCCCGGAGUACGCCGCGAAGAAGGCCAUUCUGCUGGAGCAGCACAAAGAACCGAGCCAGGUAGAGCAGGCAGCCCGCGUGGUCGCCCAGCUGACCGAGUCCGUCAAGUUCGAGCGCUAUGGGAUCGACGACGGCCCGGACAUCGAGUGCUUUGACGAGGAGGACAACAUCUCGUCCAUCGUCAUCCCGGGAGAUUGGAUGUCAGAAAGCCGUGAGCUUGACAAGCCCGCCUACGUUGACACGCCCAGCGUCAAGUACCAUCCCACCGAGCACGGGCCGAUCGCCGUCUAUGCCAGCUACGGGAUAGAACCGGACAAGAGGGGAUUCAAGUUCGUGGCUUGGUUCCUCAUCGAAGAAAUUGAGCUGUUUGCCGCCAACUCUCGCGACCUGGCCCGCAAGAUGCAGCACAAGACGUGGUCCGCUGACAUGCGCUGCGAGUGGGCUGCUAUCAAGCUGAAACGUGUGGAAAGGGGGGAGCCGCAGUGGCGCCCUUACCCCUACAUCCAGCGCGGUGCGGCCAAGGCACAGACCUCUGGUGGCGAGAAGAAGGAGGCCAACGGUGGGGAGGUGAUGGGAAAAGUGACGGAGGAGGACCAAGAGCAGGAAAAGGAGGAUGAUAAGGAGGAUAGCAGAGAGGAGGACAAUGUGGAGGAGGUGACAGAGCAAUUGAAGGAGGAUGGCAAGGAGGAUGACAAGCAGGAUGACAAGAAGGAUAAAAAGGAGCAGGACAAGAAGGUAAAGGAGGAGGAAACCAAGGGGGAGGAGAUCAAGGAGGAGGAGAUCAAGGAGGAGGAAAUCAAGGAGGAGGAGACCAAGGAGGAGACCAAGGAGGAGAAAACUGACGCUAAGGUCGUCUCAGUCGAUGAGCAGGUUGUGGGGGUUGAGGUUAGGAAGAGGAACUGAAGGAUGCUGCCAAGUCGGGUGAGACUUGUCUUGGGGAUAUGAACGAUGGGGAGUACACUGGUGCCUUCCCAAAGGCAGUGGUGGUAAACGAGCAGGCAGAGGAGGCUGAGGUCAAGGAGGGGGCGCUCAUAGAGGACAAGGCGAACACGGAGGUGGCAAAGGCAGCGAGGGACGCUGUGGAGGAAGAAGACGAGAAGAACGGUGAGCUGAACGAGGAGGAAUGAAAGGGGAGGCAUAAAGUCCCAGCUCUGUGACAUUUGCUUCAGUUUUUCGGCUGCCUUCCUAGCAAUUAGGCAUAUAGGUUCGUCUCCAGAGAACUAGAUGGUUCCCCAAGAUUAAAAGGAGGGAAUCACAUCCUCUCCUCUCCACAGCCUGGGCUCUACAGUACGUCAUGUAUUGUAC